AUGCUGCUAGGAUGCUCCGAUCAAGCCAUUGCAGAAAUUGAUUCAGAAUUCCAAUCGAGGCCCGAUCUAUAUCCGCCAGUCUUCACGGUCGAACAUAACGUACCCGAUAAGCUCAGUCCUGGCUACAUUUUCCUCGGUCCAUACGAGGCGGAUAAUUCUGGGCCAUAUAUCUACGAUACCGAAGGGAAUUUAGUAUGGAGCGGUUGGGGCAAUUCAGGCCCGGGGAACGCCCAUGGCAUGCACGUCUGCAACUACAAGGACACAAAUCACUUGUGUUUCUUUCAGGGUGUUCAGCAAAAUGGAUACUGUAGGGGCCAUGGGGUCAUCAUGGACAAUCGAUAUCGCAUCGUCAAGACUGUUGUCCCAGGGGGUGGAAUCGCCUCUAGCGACAUGCACGAAUUUAAGCUGGUGAACGGCGGCGAGACGGCGUUGAUGACGGUGUAUCAGCAGCGGCAGUUCGACAUGAGCCUCUGGAAUGUUCGAACGGGCAUGGGCUGGUUGAUGGAGAGCAUCUUCCAGGAGAUCGAUGUGGAAACGAACAAGGUCUUAUUCGAGUGGCGGUCUCUCGAUCAUGUUGACCCGUCGGACAGUUACACCUACCCUGCCCACACGGACACAUCGGGCACUGGGCUGGAACCGCGUUCGCCAUGGGACUACUUCCACAUCAACUCCGUCGACAAGAACAAGGACGGAGAUUAUUUGAUAUCCUCGCGCCAUACGAGUUGCAUCUACAAGAUCUCCGGCAAGGACGGGUCGAUACUCUGGCGAUUACACGGAGCGCACCCAUCGUUCAAGAAUAUCAAUUUUAGCUUCUCGCAGCAGCACGAUGCGCGAUGGCUCAGCGAGAACAGUACCCAUACGCUGCUAUCGCUGUACAACAACGGCUACAACGGGUACAACCAGACGCAUGACUUUUCAUCCGGGAUGAUCAUCCUCAUCGACCACGUGGCCAAGACAGCGACACAAGUCCGCGAGUACAAGCCAUUUGAUGAAGAAAUGAUUAGCUCCAGCCAAGGCAACCUCCAGGUGCUGCCGAAUCGCAAUGCCUUCAUAGGCUGGGGUAACAAUGCGUAUAUCUCCGAGCACGAUGAGCAGGGGAACCUUCUUUUCUGGGGUUACAUCGACAAGGAUAGGAUCAUGAACUAUCGCGCAUUGAAAUUCGAAUGGGAGGGCAACCCGACCGAUGUGCCGGCGCUCUGGACGUACGCCAAAUCGCCCGAUGCGAUGUCCCCGACCACCUUCUAUGUGAGCUGGAAUGGCGCCACACGCGUGAAGUACUGGCGCUUCUACGGCUCUGACAACCCCACCGGCCCGUACACUCUCUUGCGGCAGAUCAGAAAGAAUGGCUUCGAGACCACUUACACCAAUCAGACCUUCUACCUCUGGUCGUACGCGGAGGCCGUGGAUAAGCAGGGCGCGGUUCUGGGCACGUCCCGGAAGCAAUUCACCUUCACGCCACCGGCCGAUAUGCAGGGUUACUGUGCGGACAGUUUCUGCGCAAAUGCGCCAGCAUUCGGGCUUCCUGGCGAGGAGGAGCCACAGCCCUUUAUCCCUUCCGUGGGAAUCAAUAGCGUGCCGUGGGUUGAUCCCAAGCACCCGGCGUCGCAUAACAACCUGGGGCAGCCGGGUGCUCCAGCGCCUUCAUCCUCUCCUUCGGCUGGGUCCAAGGCCACAUACGGAAAAGCUGGAUGGGUUGUUCCUGUACUAUUAGUUGGCGGCGUUACGAUUGGCAUCUUUGUGAUUCUCCGGGUAUAUCGACGAAAACCCCAGCGCCAACGAGACAGAGCUUCAUCCGAAGUGGCGAACGGGACAAAUGACCAGAAGAUUUCUCCAGAUGCUGCUCGAUUGCCCUGGUGGAACUGGCGGCGAUGGAUAGAUGCUCCGAACGAUCCGCCACACUACUUUCCCUUGUCGGAGCCAAGGACGCAACGGCACGGGAGUGAUGUAUGA